AUGGCGCCUCCAACUACAGAGUACUUGAAGGAUUCGUUCAUGAAAAGGCUCUUCGAACAGGGACUGUUCACAGACUUCACAAUCCGCUGUCAGAGACACAAGUGGAAUGUGCACAAAGCAAUAGUCUGUGGACGAUCUGGGUAUUUCAGAAGACUAUGCACCAGCGACUUCAAAGUGAGUCGAUCUUCUGAACGACAAAGAGAUGUGCAAUUUGACUCAGAACUUCAGGAAGCCGCGGAGGCAACUAUCGAGAUUUGUGAUGAUAACCCAGAUAUCGUGGGUCGGAUGCUCAUCUAUUUGUAUAACCCAACCUAUUAUGCAAGCAGCGCAGAUUGGGACCUCUAUCAAGAAUGCACCAAUGCUGGAGUCUUCGGCGAGGCUAAGCGACGACAGGCCCUCGUCAUCCCCAAUGACGAAAGCUGCACAGCCAAACACCUCCCUGACCCUCUUGUUGUUCACGCUAAACUACACGGCAUGUCCAAGAAGUACGAUAUCCCAGAUCUGCAGCAUGCAAGCUGUGUGCGUUUUGUAGAGUGCGUGGUACAAGCGAUCGAACUGGACCCGACUUUCACAGAAUAUACCUGCUAUGCAGAGGAUCUCCUUGAUGCCAUCGAUGUUGUCUAUGGCUCCAAGCAAGACUCUGACCAAAUUCUGAGGGAGGCUACCGUUUACCUCGCGCGUGUGUUUAUGAAGACGAUAGAUGAGCACAUGAACAACGAUGGGAUGAAGGAUCUGGAAAAAGAAUUUCGAGAUAUCGUCAGGUCGGAGAAGGACUUUGCAUGGGAUAUGGCUAGCAUCGAUUUUGAAAAGGCACGCUUUACAUGCAAGUAUUGUCACCAAGAUUUCAUUGUCACCAAGAAAACCUCAGACCCACCUGAAUGCGAAUGUGCCGGGCGAGGGCUGUGCGGGAGGUGUGUUCCAGUGAGCGAACGUUCUUGUUCUUACUGUGGCCUGCCAGGUGGAUGUCGUUUGAUUGAAUGGGAAAACAGACCGCGUAAAUGA